AUUGCCCAUUCUGUUUCUUCUUGCCUUUCUAAACUUUUGGCAGCCUCAGGUAUACAGUGCAGUUUGUUUUCACUGUACUGUAUAACAAUGCUGACAUAUUACCUUCCUCAGUGUUCAUCUGAUCAUCUUGCCAUGAUGCAGAAUUUCUUGCCUGGCGAAAGGCAUGUCCUGCUCUAUCUACAUGUGGUCCACAGAUGGUUCGAGGAGUGUAAGGGCCAACUUCUUUUUUGUAGGACUAUGUGGUGACAGCAUCAGUGCAUGUAUGAAAUAUGCAUAACCAAGGAAUGGAAGAUGCUUUUCAACCGACCAGUGAAAGAGUCACCUUGACAAACCCAGUGGGGAGACUUCUCGGAACAAGCAGCGAGCUCCUCACCACAAGUAAGAAGCAUGACGGAGAAGUUAAUGAAGCAAAAGAAGCUGAGCCAGAAAGUGAUGCAAGACACCAGAUUUUUUUUGAAGGAUUGAAGUUCAGUUUUGCAGGGACAGAACAAAGGAGAAGGUGGCUGGGGAAGGAAACGUGGAGGAAAUGGAGGAAGUUCGUCUAAAGAAGCGCAAGCGCAGGAGGCAUGUUGUGAAGGAACUGAGGACGGAGGACGGGGAAAUUGUGAAAAAACGGCGUGGUCGACCACCCGCAGAGAAGUUUCCCCCAAACCCUCCUAAACUCACGAAACAGAUGAAUGCCAUUGUGGAAACUGUCAUUAACUACAAAGAUGGGUCAGGCCGAAAGCUCAGUGAAGUCUUCGUCCGAUUGCCUUCAAGAAAAGAACUGCCAGAAUAUUAUGAACUGAUCAGAAAGCCGGUGGACUUCAGAAAGAUCAAGGAACGUGUUCGUAACCACAAGUACAGGAGUGUGGAAGAUCUAGAAGAAGAUGUUAUGCUUCUCUGCCAUAAUGCACAGACUUUCAACCUCGAGGGAUCUCAGGUCUACGAGGACUCGAUAGUGCUUCAGUCUGUGUUUAAGAGUGCCAGACAGAAAAUUGCAAAAGAGGAGGAGAGUAAAGAAGAGAACGCUGGGAAUGAAGUUGAUGAAAAGGAGGCAGAAUCAAAAAUGAAAGUGAACAUAAAUACAGAUGGAAGUGGGCACGAGAAGGGCAAAAAACAUCAAAAUAGGGGAAAUGCAAAGGCAGUUGUCAGCGAUGAUGAUAGCAAUGGUGAUCAAGAUGAUCAGGACAAGUCUGAAGUCAUUGUGAGCAGAGAUGACUGAGGGAGACGAAAAUCAAUUCAGCUUUGUACUCCUUUUCUUUGGCUGUUUGAUUUCCCUGUCUUUUUAAAAUUUGCCCUCUAAGGCACACAGUUAGUGUUCAGGAGUGAAAAUCACUGUGGAGGGGCUGAGGCCCACAUCAGCCCAUCUCAUUAUUAACACAAACAGAACAGGACAAGUUUGACUGAGUUUGAUGCCGACAUUCUCUGUCCAUUUUGCCCAGUAAAAACAAAGUUAAUUCUGAAGCUUUGGACUUUAAUUGUAGAAAUGGAAAAAGGAUGAAGAUCUGUGUUUUACAAAAUGCAGAAUUAAAACAUCCAUAUUGUAAUACAUGGUGAUACAUUUAAACUGUUUAUGAUAGCUCAGUAAAAAUAGAAAUUCAAUAAACCAGUUAUCAGAAUUAGUCUGAUUUAUCAUAAAUGAGGAAGUUAAAUCCUAUGCUGCAGUGGAAAUAUUUUGGCGAGGCUGCCAGUUUUCUAUAAUUCACUUAACACAUCACAGUAUAUCCAUGAACAAGGACUGUUGAAGUAAGACAUUUAGAAGGUGAUUUCAUCUGCAAAAGUAAGAAUAUUGUCAUUCUCAAGACACAAAGCACAUUAAGAUGUAUUUCUUGCCAGAUACUCACAGAUCUCUCAGAAUAUGACUAAUAUGGCAGAUCUGUUUUCAUGAAAUUGCUUUUUUGAGUUAAAGAAAAAGGUUAAUAGUAUCAUAUUCAAGAGUAGUGAUUGUGUAACCAUAAAGCCUUGCCACUACUGUAUUUUUUAUAAAUUUUUAAA